AUGAACACCGCAUCCAAUGCCAGUUUGCUCAAGCUCAAAUUACUGGACUGUCUGAGGAGCUCAGACAAGGAUAAGCUACAGGAGCUUUUUAACGAGUGUCAGGCGAUCACCCCGCCUGACCCACAGGUAUCGCUUUUGUUGCGCCAGAUCCUUAUAUUUGCCGUGCAGGUGGCGCCGAUGUCCAUGAUAGAAUACAUCGUCCAGCGGAAACUGGUGGACGACAUCAAUGCUCAGGACGACCAGGGGAACACGGCGCUGCACUACGCCGCGCUCUCGUCUCGGAGCGAUGUGAUCACGUUCUUGAUGGGCCAGGAGGACAUCAACGACUGCAUUGUCAACAAGCAGAUGAAGCAGCCCAUCGAGUGCUCCUCAAAUAUGGAGACGGUGCAGUUGCUUUCCGACCUCCGAACAAAGUUUGUCGAAAUAAAGGCCAACGAGCUGCGAAGCGCUUUUGAGGCACGCAAAUUCGACGUGCUUGAUAGACUGUUGAGCAACCCGCGGGUCAAGAGCCUGCUGGACAUCAAUGGAACGGAUCCCGUCACGGGCGACACGGUUUUGCUGGAGUUCAUCAAGAAAGACGACAUCCAGAUGGUCAAGUUCAUUCUGGAGCAUGGGGGAGACCCGUUCAAACGGAACCUCAACGGCAAACUCCCUAUUGAGUCUGCUGUGUCGUCUCCGAUGAAGAAACUGUUGAAAGAAUCGUGCAACCACCAGACCAUGAUCGAUCCUACGAACCAGAGGGGACAGCUUCACUCAGGGCCGCCGACGUUCAAGGGGUUUCUGAAGAAGUGGACCAACUUCGCCGGUGGCUACAAACUAAGGUGGUUCAUUCUGGACGCCGAAGGAAGACUCUCCUACUACACCUCACCGAACGAUAUUUAUAACUCCUGCCGCGGUAUGAUACACCUUGCAAACGCUCAGCUGCGUAUGGACAGCUCUGAAAAGUCCAAGUUCGAGAUAAUCAUCAAGAACAGGGGCAACAAGGCAUCUCUCAAAUGGCACCUCAAGGCCAAUCAUGUGAUAGAGACUAACAGAUGGGUCUGGGCGUUACAAAAUGCGAUCCGGUAUGCAAAAGACCAAGAGAGACAGCAGCGUGCCAUUGCUGCGGAAGAACAGCAACGGGCCAAGAAGACUACAAGAAAUAGAGAGAGCUUUGAGUCCACCCGAUCGAAUAGCACACACAACAUUGGCAACCGCGGAUCGUACAACGACCAGUCCCCAUCGCCAAUUACCGCCCACCAAAGAAAGUUCUCCAACGCUUCUUCAGUUUCCUUGUCUUCUGAUGAUGAAGGGUCCGGCUCCCUGUCUUCUAGAGACAAUAAAUCGUACAAGAAACCAAUGCGCAAACUCUCGAAGCUCACCAAGAGAAAUAAGGAUGCGUCUGCACUUCCUGAAAUAAAGGAGAACGCGGAUCUAAAACUGCCUGCAAAGAAAGACCGCUCGCCUUCGAUUGGGUCGCUUGUAUCAAGUGGAGACUUGGGCAGCAAGACUACGAUCUGUUCUGUAGCUGAUGACGAACGCGAUACUGACAUUGAGGAUGAGGAUAGCAGUAUCCAUUCAAAUCCCCGUGACAGCAGUAUUGCCGAUGGUGAUGAUAUGAUUGCUACAAAUCUGAACAACUCAGAGCUUGCAGUGAGCAAGAACCAGAUGAUGAUAGAGCUGAAAUCUUUUGGCGAGUUUUUGACUGCUGCCGAGUCUGACGAAACCGUUUCCAAGGCACAAGUGAUUGAAGUGGCUAUGACUAUUCUUUCCAGUUUAACGAGCCUUUCAGAAACACAGUCUGAUCUUUUGAAAAAGUACGAGAGCAAGUUCAGCAAGAUCAUUGAAAGACAGCAAGAGAUCUCCAAAAUUUGGGAGAAUACUUUGAAACGUUUGGAACUGGAGAUGCAGUCGCGUGAGCAGAAGAUUGUAGAGCUCGAAGAUAAGCUUCAUGUGAUCAAAAAAUCUCUAAAGAACAAUCCUGGAAUCAUACAUGCCGUUACGGAGGUCUCGUCUAAGGACACAGGAUACGAAAACACUGCCAACGUCGAAAAUAAGAGCCCAGAACAGAUCAGACAGUUUUUGGCGGAGGACGAGGAAUCUGAGGACGAGUUUUUCGAUGCUGAAGACGAGGCCCACGAAGAAAAAGUUGACGGACAAGUCACUGACGCAACUGAGACCACGGCCGUUGCAGAUAGUGGUGAAGAAGACAGUAAAGGCCGUGUUGUUGUGAAUGGUUUCGAACUGACAAGUCCCAAGCAGCUCGAACGACUUGAGAAGAUCAAUAGAGAGGAAACUUUCAAAGGCUACGAGGAUCCGAUUAGAACCACGCUGAAGAAGGAAGACAAUAGACCCAAGAUCUCGUUGUGGAGUGUUUUGAAGUCCAUGGUGGGAAAGGAUAUGACCAAGAUGACUCUUCCUGUUGUUUUCAAUGAACCAACCUCGCUCUUGCAAAGAAGUACAGAGGUGCUGGAAUACUGUUCGCUUCUAGACAAGGCCGCCUCCAUCGACGAUUCUCCUACAAGAAUGAUUUACGUCGCCGCGUUUGCUGCUUCGGAAUACGUUUCCACGGUAGGACGUAUUGCCAAGCCAUUUAAUCCAUUGCUUGGAGAAACCUUUGAGUAUGCCCGUCCGGACCAGGGAUACAGGGUGCUGGUCGAGCAAGUGAGCCAUCACCCCCCGAUAUCUGCCCUUCUCGCUGAAUCUCCGUCAUGGUCCUAUUACGGAGAGGCCAACGUGGACACCAAGUUCCUGGGUCGCUCUUUUGACAUCAAACAUCUUGGUACAUGGUACGUGGAAUUGUAUCCCGGAAAAGGCGUUGUGAACCAAAGGGGCCAGAGAGUGGAUCACGAAACGUAUACGUGGAAGAAGAUCAGGAACUCUGUCGUCGGUAUAAUUGUUGGAAACCCAACCAUUGACAACUAUGGGGAGAUGCAAAUCAGGAACCACACCACUGGCGACUACAUGAGCUUCGAUUUCAAACAACGAGGCUGGAGAGCUUCCAGUAUAGGUGAGGUCAAGGGGGAGAUCUACUCGCACGACGGUAAACUGAAAUACACGGUUGGCGGUCACUGGAACUCGAAGAUCUAUGCCAAGGAUGCAACCAAGCCUGACGCUGCGAAGUUCCUGGUCUGGGAAGCCAGCGAACGAACAGAGAUGAUGUUCCAUCUCACGAACUUUGCGGCCUCGUUGAACGCGCCUCAGCCUCAUCUUCUGCCAGUUAUUGCGUGCACAGACACAAGACUGCGUCCUGACCAGCGUGCAAUGGAGAAUGGGCAAUAUGACCUGGCCAGCUCCGAAAAGACGCGCGUGGAAAACAAACAGAGGGCGGCCCGGAAACGGCGUGAGCUGUCUGGCGAAAAAUACGAGCCUGCCUUCUUUGUCCAGGCCAAGCAUCCGGUGACGGGAGAGACGUACUGGAAGUACAAAGAUAACUACUGGGUGCCUCGCAAGGAUGGAAAGCUGAGAGAUUAUAAAGAUAUUUUCUGA